AUGUUCUCCGGGCAGCUUCUGAGGCCGCCACCACCCCUGCCGGGACUCCCGGGCCAGGCUUCCCUUCUCCAGGCAGCGCCUGGCAUGCCGAGAACUUCUAGCAGCACCUUGAAAAGAUUGCAGUCAUCUGUCCAGAAACCUGAGCAAGUUAUCAAAGAGGACGGCUCCGAACUAAGGAAUGAAUUGCAGAGGAAAGACAGCGCUGGUGCAGAAGCAUUGGACAAAACAGGUGCCGGAGGACAUCAAUGUGCAGCACAAAAAGCCAGCGAAGUCCCUCAGGGCUCCUUGGCCUACCUGCAGCAGCCUUCUGCCAAUAUCCCUGCGCCUCUGAAGCAGACCUGA